AUGAAUAGGCUUUUGGUCGAUCGAUACAAGGCCAUGAAUAUUGUGAACAGCCCAGGCAGCGAUAUCAGCAAUACCGCACAGGUUUCAACAGAAAACCACACGCCAAUUUCAGAUGGAUCUAUCAAGAGGAAGAAGAAACUACCCAAAGAAGCCCCAUCUCCUCAGUCUAGAUGGCAACCUAGAAAGGCUUCACACGAUGGGUUAAAGUUUUCCUCCUUUGCGGGGAUUGAAAAAAUUAUUGGCGAAAUCAAAAGCAACAUUGAGCGCCCCCUGAAGCAUCCAGAGCUUUAUGAAAGGCUUGGAAUAGAAGCUCCAAAAGGACUUUUGAUUUUCGGGCCAACCGGAAGUGGAAAAACAAGCUUGGCCCAUGCGAUUGCGUCCGAAUUUGACAUUCCUUUUAUUGACGUCACUUCGACAGAAGUCAUGUCCGGAGUAAGCGGGGAAUCCGAGGCCAAUCUUAGAGCCAUUUUUGAUUCUGCCUUGAAACAUGCACCUUCAAUCAUAUUCUUUGAUGAGAUCGACCUCAUUUGUGGUAGACGGGAAUCGACUCAAAGGGAUAUGGAUAGACGCAUUGUGAGCCAGCUGAUGGCUUCACUAGAUUCCAUAAAGCCAGGCCAGGUUGUUGUUCUUGGAGCAACAUCGCGUCCAGAGCACAUUGAGCCGGCUCUAAGAAGAGCCGGUCGUUUCGACAGAGAAAUCAAUAUUGGGCUCCCUGAUGAGGCCUCGAAGAGAAAAAUUCUUGCCCUGAUGACCGCCAAAAGUCCACUCUCCCGGGAUGUUGACUUGGCGCUAUUGGCAAGGAAUAUCCCCGGUUUUGCGCCAGCAGACAUAAAAGCUCUUUUGAGAGAGGCGGGGCACAGGGCCAUUGACCGGUUCCAUCAAUCGGGGCAGCCAGAUUCGAUGUUGCACAUCACCGCUGCCGACAUACAGACUGCACUUGCUACAGUUCAGCCUGCUGCAAAAAGAGAGGGGUUCGCCAUUGCCCCAGAGACCACUUGGGACUCCAUCGGGGCUCUUAAAAGCGUAAGGGAUCAAUUGAGGAUGGCUGUGGUGGAGCCGUUGCGGAAUCCAGAUCUUUUUGCACGCAUUGGAAUAACGACACCUUCCGGCGUGUUGCUAUGGGGGCCUCCUGGAUGUGGAAAAACACUCCUUGCCAAAGCAGUGGCUAAUGAGACCCAUUCCAACUUCAUAUCUGUGAAAGGGCCCGAGCUUCUCAACAAAUAUGUGGGCGAGAGUGAACGGGCGGUACGGACCGUUUUUGAGCGCGCAAAGAUCUCAGCGCCCUGUAUUAUUUUUUUUGAUGAGCUCGAAUCGCUGUGUGCCCACCGAUCGGAUCCGAGCGAAAACCAUGCGGCCAGAGUGGUCAACCAGUUUUUGACGGAGCUUGAUGGCCUUGAAAGUAGGAGAAAUCCACCAACAGACCAGGUUUGCAUUAAUGGGCCUUUUCAUUUUGUAGACAUGAUUGAUGCCGCAAUGUUGCGGCCAGGGCGACUUGAUAAGCAUAUUUAUGUUCAACUGCCAACGUCGGAAGAGAGAUCUGAGAUUCUUGUCAAGCUUACUGCGAAAACGCCAGUGGCGGAUGAUGUUGAUUUGAAGGCCAUCGCGCACUCAGCGGAAGGAUACAGCGGGGCUGAUCUUUCUAAUCUGGUCAGAAUUGCCUCCGAACUUGCAAUCCAGCCGUUCCUUUCCCUCUCAGAGCCGGGCUCUGGAAACCUCUUUGUUAGCAGGGAACAUUUUGACUCGGCCCUGUCAACGGUAAGACCUUCCGUAUCUGAGCGUGAACAUCUCGAGUACGAUUUGCUCUCUCGGAACUUCCGGGUUGGCACUAAGCCUGGAAAUAAUUAA